CCUCCUGAUAGCCACCUCGUCACUGCUCAAUUGGAGGGUUCUACCCUCACAGUGCACAGUACAACACCAUACACAGCCUCACCAGCUCCCUACUCCGUAUCCCCACUGGUUAUCUGGUGUAUGAUGGCCACACCCUAAAUCCACUCACCCUUCACUGGCACUCUCCUUUAUCUAACAAAUUGAAGAACGAUUUCUUUUUAAUUGCUGAAAUGGCCCAGGGAGGAAUUGACAAAAUCCACGUGGAAGAGAUGGAGAGAAAUAUUCCUCAAUUAAAUGAAAUUUCUCUUUUCCAUGCUGCUUGGGAUGGAGACCUUGAGAGGCUAAAUGGUGCUCUGCAAAAAGGGAUUCCAGUAGACUUUGUGUCACCUGAUGGAGGGAGUUCACUGGUGUAUGCAUCUAAGAAUGGACAUGUUGAGGUGGUGGACAAGUUAUUACAACAUGGAGCCACAGUAGACAUGCAUGAUGAGGAUGGGUGGAGUUCACUGGUGUAUGCAUCUCAGAAUGGACAUGUGGAGGUGGUGGACAAGUUAUUACAACAUGGAGCCACAGUAGACCUGCAGAGUAAGGAUGGAGCGAGUUCACUGAUGGCUGCAUCUCAGAAUGGACAUGUGGAGGUGGUGGACAAGCUAUUACAACAUGGAGCCACAGUAGACCUUCAGAGUAAGGAUGGAGUGAGUUCACUGAUGGCUGCAUCUCAGAAUGGACAUGUGGAGGUGGUGGACAAGUUAUUACAACAUGGAGCCACAGUAGACCUGCAUGAUGAGGUAAGAAGUCCAUAAUGCUGCUCGUGAAUGGGAGAAAGAGCUUUUUCUGUCCUACUAUCGAACCUUUUGUAUUUAAUACCCA